AUGGAGGCCUUCCGCGAUGCCAUCGCGCAGUUCAGAGCUGGGCGCGUCCUGGACUCCUGCCCUGCCUGGGGGUGUUCCUCGAUCGAUUCCGAUGCGGAGGCCACACGAGGUAAAUCACGAGGAAACGUCACCGGAGGCUACAUCGCUGUAAUGCCAAUGGUCGAGGAGAUCGGUUGUGGCCCCUGGACGCCGCUGGUAGAGCUUUGCUUGCAGAACGGCGCCUCCAAGGUUCUAGCCUUGGAGGCCUCCAAG